UCACCCGCGGCCACUGCCAACCGCCUCGCAGAGCCACUCGUCUCGCCGGGACUCGAACGCUCCUCUCCACGCAUCUCCGCGCUCGGCCCACUCCGGCCCAUCGGAUUCUGUUGCUCCCGGCCUCGUACACCGCGGCCGGGUGGACUCGAACUCACUUCUAUCAAACUCCCUCCUUAACACGCCCACCCACCCCAUCUUGCCUCUGCAAGACAUGUGUACAUUUGUGUUCAGCUAA